CUUAGAAAACGAUUUUUGAAAAGCCCAAAUGACUGCAGGCGUCCGCCAUAAUGUUUCCUUCGAAACGAAUAAUAUAGUUCUUAUUGCUCUUGUAGCAAUUCUCUAUUCGCUAUUCAAAAUGGCGACCGUGUGGCGAUCACAGUGCGCGUUUGCGCGACUUUUUGCUGGAAAAACUGGACAAAUCUUGAACAACGCGACUGAUUUGGGUACAAAACUUGGUCCGGGAUCACAAUCGGUAAUUUCAAGAAAUUACUCUACAUAUGGUACCUCACCUUACAUAAAUAAAAUAAAAGAGCAGUAUGACUAUGAAAUUGUGAAGAAUCCGCCGGAGUGGGCCUAUGUACAGAGGUUGUUACCAUUCGACACUAUUCCCCAAGUAACACCUAAGGAGAGCUAUCCAUCUGGUUGGGUCCCACCAAAAGAAGAGGCAAAGAGUCUUCCUUAUUUCCUUGCAAGAACGAAAAAUCAUGAACUGCCAAUUUAUUUGAACAUAACGUACAGAGGUAUUCGGCAAAUAACAAAAAUAAAACGCAUUGAAGGUGACAUCUGGCUCUUAAACGAUGAAAUUAAACAAUACUUAAAAGAAAAGAACAAAAGAUACGUAGAAACUCGUGUUCACGAAGUAGGUAGAUUUAUAGAAACUAAAGGUGAUUAUGUUAAUGAUUUAGUUCAAUGGGCUCAUUCCAAAGGUUUUUAAAUGUGUAAUGUUUUCAAGUAGUU